CCCCCUUUCUCUGCUCUCGCCCCCCGCAGGAAGCCGGAGCGUCCCCCCCGGUACCGGACCACGAACCAGGUGUACGGCAGCAAAGCCCCCACGGUGCACGAGGUGCCGACCUCCUUCCACGUCACCUCGCACGCGUUUUCCAGCACUCUGGGACAGUGUGGCAUGUACAGAAAUAACGGGCUCAACACCUCCCUGGAGAAGAGCCACGUCACCGGCCCGGGCAACUUCAUCACCAGCUCGGACCACCUCAACUUCCAUCCCAGCUACAACCCCAGCGCCCCGUCGCACUGUUAGACCUGCAGCAGUGGUGAUGACAGCAUCAACCUCCUUCAGUUUACUGCUGGCUGCCUAAAUAAAAUCCAAAAAACCUGCCUAAAACCC